GCUUGAGGAAGAUGGCGGUGGUAGUAGCAGAAGGAGUGCCCAGACGGGGUGGUCGAGAGCCGGCGCGUGCCCCCUUGGGCUGGGUAGUAGGCUUCUUGUUGCUGCUAGGCUUGGUGCCACGGCCCGGCGCAGCCACCACACACUGGGUGGUCACCGAGGACGGCAAGAUCCAGCAGCAGGUCGACUCACCAAUGAACUUGAAACAUCCUCAUGAUUUAGUAAUUUUAAUGAGACAAGAAACAACUGUUAACUACCUCAAAGAGCUGGAGAAACAAUUAGUUGCUCAAAAGAUCCAUAUAGAAGAGAAUGAAGAUAGAGACACAGGGCUGGAACAAAGACAUAAUAAAGAAGAUCCCGAUUGCAUUAAAGCAAAGGUGCCAUUGGGGGACUUGGAUCUCUAUGAUGGCACAUAUAUCACCUUGGAAAGCAAAGAUAUCAGUCCUGAAGACUAUAUAGACACAAAAUUUCCUUUACCCCCUGAUCUAGAACAACCAGAAUGUACAAACAUUCUAGAUCUUCCAUACAGCAUUCAUGCAUUCCAGCAUUUACGGGGUAUUCAAGAACGAGUUAACCUUUCGGCACCCUUGCUAUCUAAAGAAGAUCCUAUAUUUACUUACUUAUCCAGAAGGUUAGGAAGAAGCAUAGAGGAGAUCGGUCAUCGCAUUUAUGAUGGUCUCAUGAAGAACUCAUCUUCUUGGGUAUUGUAUAACAUGGCUUCCUUCUAUUGGCGAAUAAGGAAUGAGCCAUAUCAGGUGGUGGAGUGUGCCAUGCGGGCACUCCAUUUUUCUUCAAGGCACAAUAAAGACAUUGCACUGAUAAACCUGGCGAAUGUGUUGCACAGAGCACAUUUCUCUGCUGAUGCAGCCAUCGUGGUCCACGCAGCUCUGGAUUACAGUGAUGUCUUCACUAGUUAUUAUACUUUGGGAAACAUAUAUGCAAUGCUUGGGGAAUACAACCACUCAGUACUGUGUUAUGAUCAUGCUUUACAGGCCAAACCAGGGUUUGAGCAAGCAAUAAAAAGGAAGCAUGCUGUUCUAUGUCAGCAAAAGCUCGAGCAGAAACUGGAGGCCCAGCAUAGAUCACUUCAGCGAACCUUAAAUGAACUGAAGGAAUAUCAGAAGCAGCAUGACCAUUACUUGAGGCAACAGGAGAUCUUAGAAAAGCACAAGCUGAUUCAGGAAGAGCAGAUCUUGAGGAACAUCAUCCAUGAGACACAGAUGGCAAAAGAAGCACAACUUGGGAACCAUCAGAUUUGUCGCUUGGGCAACCAGCAGCACAGUUUGCAUUGCCAGUGGGACCAACCUGUUCGCUAUCACCGUGGUGAUAUGUUUGAAAAUGUUGAAUAUGUUGAGUUUGGUGGUAGUGAUACAGUUUCAAGUAUGACAUCCAUAAAUUCUGAACUUCAUGCCAACCACAGUGACCUGAGCCACUCCUUGGGAUCGUCCCCUUUAGUUCAUUCUGUGUUCUCCUUAUGGGGUCUGGAUUCUGAUGCUUACAGGGAAAAGCAGAGUGUUCUGUGGCCUAAAAGAUCAGAUUGUAUAAAAUCCUAUGCAACUAUCCCCACCUCAGAGGAACUACCAACCUAUUUCCUGCAUCCAGAGAACAGGGGACAAAGGAUAUAUUCAGUACUCGACAGUGCAGAAGAGGACCAUGCAGAUACAGAUCUCUAUGAGCCAGAUUGUUCUUCCAUUUCUGAUGCCCAUGCUGCAGACUCAUUCUACUUGUUCUUCAAAGAACUAGACAGUCAUCUGGACCUGAAGGAAAAUAUGCCAGACAGUCAUGCAAAGCAAGUAAGAAAUAUCUUAUACUCUCGUGUCAGCAAUCACUUGUCUUCCCAGCAGCAAAUAGGAUCGUUUAUCCAUCAUGCCAUUGUAAAGGCAAGAGAUCCUUUAUGGCUAGUGCUCAAUGAAGCUGGCCUUUAUUGGCGUGCAUUUGGAAAUGGCACCUUUGCCUUCACUUGCUUACGGAAAGCAUUGAACCUGGCUCCACAUGAAUUCCAAGAUAUCCCUUUAGUCAAUCUAGCAAACCUUCUGAUUCAUUAUGGUCUUCACUUGGAUGCCAGCAAGCUUCUGCGAAAAGCUUUAACCAUCAAUGGCUCAGAGCCACUGACUUUCUUGAGCUUAGGAAAUGCCGGCUUGGCUCUGAAGAAUGUUAGCGGAGCAUUGCAGGCUUUCAGGCAUGCCCUGGACCUGACUACCAAGUGUCCGGAGUGUGAGAAGAGCCUGAAGCUAAUCCGCUGUUUGCAGUUCUAUCCAUUUUUGUACAACAUCACCACCUCAUCCUGCAGUGGCCACUGUCCUGAGAAGAGCCAAGGUGAUAACCAUUCCAAUCAGAAGUACUUUGACUUAGAGGACUCUGAAAUCUUCUCAGUGGAAGAAAAUCAUGAGGUGGUUAUUGAAGAUGAUUCAACAGAUCACACGCAUAGUGCCACAAGGGAUUCAUCCUCUUUGACUUUAGAAAGCACUGUCAUUGUAGAAAGUAAUGGCUCUGAAGGAGUGGAGAGCUUAGGAGACACUCAGAUGUCUGAGGAGAUGUUGGCAUUAGUGGACGAAUUUGAAAACUCUUGGCCCCUUGAAGCAUUUGAAGGGGCACUGGAAGUGAAAGGGCAUCGGAUGGACUUACAGGGGAUCCGUGUCCUGAAGAAAGGAUCUCAAGAUGGACUUGGCAGCUCCUGUUUUGGAGACUGCAGAGAUGAUGAUGAUGAAGCUGAAUGGAUCACAUUCCAAGUAAAACGUGUAAAGAAAUCUAAAGCAGAAAAUCUGGAUCCACAAGAGCCUGCUGAAAGAAGUGGGGAGGAUGGGGUAAAUGGAGAAAAGGAGAACCUCUACCAAACGGCACUGGAGAUUAGUGGGCCAAAAAUACCCUCCCCUGGACCACCAGGAAAGAGGAGAGACUACCGUAGCCUAGGAUGGCCAAGUCCUGAUGAAUGCAUAAAACUCCGCAGGGUAGACCUUACUACGGUGGCCAGCACCUGGCUAGCUGUUUCUGCUAAAAACAUUGAUAUUACAGAUCACAUAGAUUUUGCCACUCAGCUUCAAGAACCAGCCGUGGAACCUGUCUGCAAUGCCAACCUACCUGCCAGCAUGCAUACCUUGGAUCACCUUCAGGGUGUUGCCAAUCGGGCUAGCCUUCAUUACACUGGAGAGAGUCAGCUGAAAGAGGUAUUACAAAAUCUUGGAAAAGACCAUUAUCCACCACAAUCAUUGGAACAAGUUGGUACUCGAAUAGCGAAGGUUUUAGAAAAGAAUCAAACCUCUUGGGUCCUUUCCAGCAUGGCAGCCCUCUACUGGAGAGUAAAAGGUCAAGGAAAGAAAGCAAUUGACUGCCUCCGUCAGGCUUUGCAUUAUACACCCUAUCACGUGAAGGACGUGCCACUCAUAAGCCUAGCAAACAUCUUCCACAAUGCAAAGCUUUGGAAUGAUGCCAUCAUCGUGGCAACAAUGGCAGUAGAAAUUGCCCCACACUUUGUCGUCAAUCAUUUCACAUUGGCUAAUGUCUAUGUAGCAAUGGAAGAAUUCGAGAAGGCCAUGGGGUGGUAUGAAUCAACACUGAAACUCCAGCCCGAGUUUGCACCAGCAAAGAACCGAAUCCGUGCCAUUCAGUGUCAUUUACUCAUGAAAAAAGAAAGACGUUCUCCUUAAGGAUCACAACCUUCUACCUUCCCCCCCCCUUUAUUUUUGUUUAAAGACAACAAAAUCAUUGUUCGCUAUUCUGCUUAUAAUAAGGUGUGCUAAGAUAAAUUGGGAAACAAAAAUUUGGGGUCAUUUUUAUUAUUCAGAAACAAAAACAUCUUUUGGGGAGACCUGCAGUAAAAAUAAUGAUAGAAAUGCUUGGUAAAAUAAGCACCGAGAUAAGAAUCCUUUCACAUGCCUGUGACCCAAUCACCAUGACAUUCUGCAUCACACUUAAAUUGGUGCCAGCAUAGAAUAUAACCUGCUUCUUGUCUUAGCCUAUCUAUGAAAAUGCAAAGCACACUAUUGCACCCGACACUAUGUAGCAGGGAGCCAUAAUAGGCUUUUCAUCCAUUGGGAAUUCAUGUUUGACCCACCUCACUCAGUCCAUAGUGUAGCAUUACCAGCUCAGACAUAAAUUGGUAGAUAGGAGUACAAGACAGUUACAGAUUAUUUUUUAAACAGUGUUUUAAAAACAUACAGACCUUUUUUUAACCUACUGUGGUUUUCAUAGGGCAAGGGGAGCAGGAGGAAAAGUGAGAGAAAAAAGAACUCAUGUAAAAUCAUUUGUAUUUUGGUUACAAGCAGAAAAAAGAAUCAGAUAAGAAAAAAUACUGUUUAAGAAGUUUUGUAUCCAUAUAUAUUUGAAAUUCUCUACAGCCCUUGGUGUUUUUACUAAUUAUUCGUUACAGGAUGUUUUACCCUCUUGAGAGUAAGAUGCGAGUGUUUGUGGCAUGAGCACACGCACUCUCUCUCUCACUCUCUCUCUGUUUCUCUCAAAGCUGGAGAGAACAUUUUCACAAAUAAGAUAAUCUGUUUCCAAAUGAGCAUCAGCUUGGUCAGUGAAAACCCCGAAUCGUUGGGUCUCAUUGCUGAAUC